GUUUGGUAGCACAACGACACGUCAUUAUGAAAAUGAUUUCCCGAAUCCUAUUUUCAUUCCUGGCUGUCAAUACUGUACUCAAAUCUGUCGUAAACGGGAAAUUAAUUAAGCAUACGUUUGAAAUUGAUUAUGCCCCUGGCCACCCCGACGGAGUGAAAAGCAAUUGGAUACUUCAAAUCAAUAAUCAGUUUCCAGGUCCAACAAUCGUGGGAACAGUUGGCGACGUCCUCCAAGUGGACGUUAUCAAUAGGAUCAAAGAUAAGCAAAACACGUCUCUGCACUGGCAUGGGAUUCAUCAGCAGGGAACCCCCUUCCAAGACGGUCCAGUCAUGGUUACACAAUGUCCUUUAAGGUACAAUCGUACACAGCGGUACAAGUUCAAGUUAGAACAGUGGGGAACCUUUUGGUAUCACAGUCAUGUAAAAUCUCAGUAUGCUGAAGGUCUGUGGGGGGCUCUCAUAAUUCAUCCGCAGAAACCACCAGCCCACAAGUAUGACGAGGAACUUGUCAUAACUCUUAACGAUUGGUAUCACACAAGGACAUCGUCCAACGAGGAUUGGUACCUGUCAAAAAGCAAUCGACUUGGUCGGACCCCAUUUCCAGACUCCAUACUCCUUAAUGGCCGUGGUUACUACCCAUGUGAGCAAGCCUGGGAGCGUAAUCUAAGCUGCCGUAAAAAACGCCAACGUCGCCACGUAUUUAUCGCUCCAAGAAAUAAGAAAAUCCGCGUUAGGCUAAUCAAUACUAGCAGUCGGACAAGUUUCAACUUUUCAAUCGACUCCCACUCUCUGGACACGAUUGAGGUCGAUGGCAUAGAUGUAGUUCAACCUGUGGCUGCAGAUGUUAUUCAAAUAUCUCCAGCUCAACGGUACUCUUUUAUCAUAACGACCAACCAGUCCAAAGCAGGAAAGGAUCGUUAUCUGAUUCGUGCAGUAGGUAUCCUGGAGCCAGCUGCUGAUCCUGACACUGUUCAGGGAAAGUGCAAAAACUGCACGCUACCAGUGGUCACAGCAAUUCUUAAAUAUGAUAGAAAAUCCCAAAAUAGCAGUAAUCAAAUAAGGAAUGAAACAGAAGCUUACAAGGACAAUUUUUCUGCGGAUCAACUUCCACCGUCGCCACUUCUUCCAAAUAAUGUGCGCUUACUCGACGAAACCCUUCUUCUUCCCUACGACAAAAUCGUCGCUCCUCCAUUCGCAGACCAAACCAUUAUCUUAAAUUCGGGCGUUAUAAUAACGGACGACGGGGAUCGAUUUGCCUUCAAUCAAACCUUAUUCUCACUUCCAGAGGACGAACCCAUUCUUCACAAGGUUGUAAGAGGUGUUGCUCUCCCGUCUGAAUUUCCCUACGUGACGCUUCAACCGUUUGCAUCGGUCCGAAUAAUUAUAAACAAUUUUGAAGCUGCUCAUCCUUUUCACAUGCAUGGGCAUCAUUUUUGGGUCAUGAGUAAGUUCCCCAUGAGAAAUGAUAGCAAUGGGAAUUUUCUAGGAUUUGAUGACAAGUUAGACGGAGAUAAAAUCAAAGUGAGCGUUGUAAAACGGGAUACUGUUUAUGUUCCGGCAAAGCAUGUAGUAGUGAUUGCAUUUUAUGCAGACAAUCCCGGAGUGUGGACUUUCCACUGUCACAUUGAUUGGCACAAUCUCGGAGGCAUGGCAUUCAUUUUGAAUGAAGCUCCGGACCUUGCACGAAGAAAGUUCAAAGUUACAGAAGAGAUGAAAUCAAUUUGUAGAAAGUGAUUGAACAGCUACAGAUUUAUAUUUUGUUGGCUAAUGUAAAUAUGUAAAUGAAAUUAAUUUUUGUACUUGAAAA